CUGUGUCCUCAGAAAAGCUGGCAUCCCUGCCCCCUCCCUCAGGCUCGGGGGAUGAGGGCCUGAUGAAUCUCCCUCCACCGCGGGGUGUGGCUACAAUGGCCUCCUCCAAAAGGGUGCAGGCAGCUCCUCCCAGCCACCCUCCCGCAGUUCCCAUCAUCUGGCCCCUCUCCACCAGCCUCUUCUUUCCACACUGCCCCCCGAGUUCAGGGAAUUUCCCCAGCAUCCCAAAGCUUGAGUUUCCUGUCAGGCGGAAGGGAUGAGUGCAAAUAAAAGGAGUGCGGAAAGCAGGAGGAAGACACAGUGCUCCGGAUCCCCCAAUCUCUGCGCUUCCACCCAGCUCCCAAACGCGCGCCCCCUCGCAGCGCUCUCUUGACCGCUAUGAGCCUCCAGUCCAGCCGCGCGGCCCGUCUCCCCGGUCCUUCGGGCUCCUUGUGCGCGCCGCUGGCGCUGCUGCUGCUGCUGCUGCUGACGGCGCCGGGGCCCCUCGCCAGCGCUGGUCCUGUCUCUGUUGUGCUGAAAGAGCUGCGUUGCACUUGUUUACACGUUAUGCCGAGAGUAAACGCCAAAAUGAUCACUAAUCUGCAGGUGUUCCCGGCAGGUCCGCAGUGCUCCAAGGUGGAAGUGAUAGCCUCCCUAAAGGACGGGACACAAGUUUGUCUGGACCCAGACGCCCCUUUUCUAAAGAAAGUCAUCCAGAAAAUUUUGAGCAGUGGAAACAAGAAAAAUGACUGAGAGAAAGGACCAUACAUGGUAAAAAUUGCCCAGUCUUCAGUGGAGCAGUUUUCUGGGGAUCCCUGGACCCAAUGAAGACAAGAAGGAAGGGUUGGUUUUUUCCGCGGUCAAUUUUCUUUAUGGAUUCCCUACUCUGAAGAGUGUAGGGAAAGCCUAUGCUUGCUCCUGAAGUUUACUGCUCAGCUAAUGAAGUAUUCAGCAUAAUAUUUCCGUUAUUUUACCUACUAAGUUAUUGGACUCUUUGGCAAUUGACCACAAUGUGAGCAAAGAAUCACUGGUUGUUAGUUUUGCAAUGAAUAUUGAAUUGAAGAUAACUAUUGUAUUUCUAUCAUAUAUUCCUUAAAGUCUUACCAAAAAGAUUGUGGAUUUCAUAUGGCAAUAAUGUUUGAUUAGAAUGCUGCUGAGGGAGAUAUCCUGUUGUCCUCACCCACUCUACUCAUAAAAUAGGAAAUAUUCUAGUUCUGUUUCUUGGGCAAUAUGUUACUCUUUACUCUAGGAUGCUAUUUAAGUUGUAUUGUAUUAGAACGCUGGGUGUCUCAUACUGUUAUCUGUGCAGAAAUAUAUUUCCUUAUUCAGAAUUUCUAAACAUUUAAGUCCUGUUAGGACUAAUAUAUUCUCUUCCUAUAGUUUUAGACAUUUAAUGUCUUCUUAGUAUGGCAUAAUGUCAUGAUUUACUCAUUAAACUUUGAUUUUAUAUGCUAUUUAUUCACUAUAGCAUGACUAUAAUUCUGGUCACGAAAUAUACACUUAGGUAGAUCAAGAAGCUAGAAAACAGAUAAAUUCCUGAUUGCUAAUUUACAUAGAAAUGUAUCCUCUUAAUUUUUUAAAUAAAAGCAAACAACAAUGAUCUGUACUCUGAAAGUUUUGAAAAUAUAUUUGAAAAAUUUGAAUAUAAAUUCAUCAUUUAGUCUUCAAAAAACAUACAGCAUUGCUAAGAUUUUUACAUAGCUAUUGUGUAUCUUUUAAAGGUUUUGAACAUUUUGUUAUAAGAAAUUACACAAAUAUCACAUUCACUAUAUUAAAAUUGCACUUUUUAAAAACUGUGUGUCUCCUUGGUUUUUAGUACUUAUAUUGUAGUUUGGAGAAACAAUAAAAGAUUUCUAAAACAC